AAAACCUGUUUUCCGAGAUAAAGAGGCUCGCAGGUUUUUAAUCUUUAAUGCAUUUACUUCGAUCACAAAACCUGUUUUCCGAGAUUAUGUAUGCCAUUUCAAUUUCAAAUUUCAAUUUCAAAAAAAAAAUGUAUGCCAUUUCUUUCUGCACUUUAUAUCUUCCAAACCCUUAACUCAUUUCUUUUGAUCACAAACACAAAUUUGGUUAGCCUGAAAGAAUGACAGAAAAAUAUGCAGCAUGCGCCAUAGGAAUUGACCUUGGUACCACUUAUUCAUGCGUUGGAGUGUGGCAGGAGCAACAAGAUAGAGUGGAGAUUAUCCACAAUGACCAAGGCAACAAUACCACACCUUCUUUUGUUGCCUUCACAGAUAAACAAAGGUUGAUUGGGGAAGCUGCUAAAAAUCAAGCUGCUACCAAUCCAGACAACACUGUUUUUGAUGCUAAGAGGUUAAUUGGAAGGAAAUUUAGUGACCCCAUUAUUCAAAAAGAUAUUUUAUUGUGGCCCUUCAAAGUCAUUGGCGAUGUUAAUGACAAACCCAUGAUUGUCGUUAGCUACAAAGGCCAAGAGAAGGAACUUUCAGCGGAGGAAAUUUCAUCUAUGGUUCUCAUAAAGAUGAAGGAGAUUGCAGAGGCAUUUUUGGAGGCACCUGUGAAGAAUGCAGUUGUCACUGUUCCUGCUUAUUUUAAUGACUCGCAGAGAAAAGCCACCAAGGAUGCCGGUGCCAUUGCUGGCCUCAAUGUUAUUCGUAUAAUCAAUGAACCAACUGCUGCAGCUAUUGCAUAUGGCCUUGAAAACAGAACACGUUGUGUUGGAGAAAGAAAUGUUUUUGUGUUUGACCUUGGUGGGGGUACUUUUGAUGUGUCUCUGGUUACAAUUAAGGAUAACGUCUUUGAAGUUAAGGCCACUUCUGGAAACACUCACCUUGGGGGAGAGGACUUUGAUAAUAGAAUGGUAGAAUAUUUGGCAAGGGAGUUCAAGAAGAAGCACAAAAUGGACAUCAAGGGGAAUGCAAAAGCUCUGAGGAAGUUGAGAAAAGCAUGUGAGAGGGCGAAAAGGACACUCAGUUUUGCUGUUGAUACCACCAUUGAGGUAGACGCUUUAUUCGAGGGAAUAGACUUUAGUUUUCCAAUCUCUCGUGGGAGGUUUGAGAAGAUCAACAUGGAUCUAUUUGAGGAGUGUAUGGAGACUGUGGAGAGGUGUCUUACUGAUGCUAAGAUGAAGAAGAGUAGUGUGGAUGAUGUCGUUCUUAUUGGUGGUUCUUCUAGGAUUCCCAAAGUGCAGCAGCUAUUACAAGAUUUCUUCAAUGGGAUGGAAUUGUGUAGGAGCAUUAACCCUGAUGAGGCUGUUGCAUGUGGUGCAGCCGUCCAGGCUGCUUUGUUGAGCGAGGGCGUUAAGAAUGUUCCAAAGAUAGCUCUUUCGGAUGUUACACCUCUUUCACUAGGUAUUGCAGAAGAAGGAGAUCUCAUGAGUGUUGUGAUUCCUAGGAACACUACCAUUCCUGUGAAGAAAACAGAAGAAUACGUUACAAUUUAUGAUGACCAAUCCAGCCUUUUAGUCGAGGUUUAUGAGGGUGAGAGAUCAAGAGCCAGUUAUAACAAUUUGUUGGGUUAUUUUUAUCUUACUGGCAUUACUCCCGCUCCUCGUGGUCAUCCUCAUGAUGUAUGCUUCGCUAUUGAUGAAAAUGGUAUCCUCACUGUUUCUGCUAAGGAAAAAACUAAUGGCAAUAUGAAUGAGAUUACCAUAACCAAUGACACAGGAAGACUGUCACCCGAAAAAAUCAGAAGAUUGAUUGAAGAAGCUGAGAAUUACAAGGCAGAAGAUAUGAAGUUCAAAAAGAAGGUUAAAGUAAUGAAGGACAUGGAGGAUUACCUUUAUGAUAUGAAAAAGCUUGUUACGGAUAAGGGUGUCAGUUCUAAGCUUUCUACAGUGGACCAAGUUAAGAUCAAUUCAGCUAUUGUAAAGGGAAAAAUAUUGCUUGGUGGUGACCAGCAGGAAGAUACGUUUGUAUUUGUGAACAUGUUAAGAGAGCUUAAGAGCAUAUUUGAACCUGCAAUGGCCAAGAUUAAUAAUGGUUGGACUAAUGAGGAAAGUGAUAAUGAUUGAUAAAAUUUAGUUAUUUGCAUUGCAUUAAUCAAUUUCAGCUUUUCAUUUUAAAUAUUGGAGUUGCUUGUUUUGCUUGUUUGAUUACUAUAAUGGGAACAUACUUCUUUUUGUUAGUAGUAUUUUCAGUUUCAAUCACACUAGGCAUGAAGCAAACAGAAAUCUAUGACAGCUUUUAUCAUAAAUAUUUUAAUUAUAGCAAUUUGUAUUCUGUGAUUGACCAUUCAAAAUUGGUAUGCUUAAUUGAUGUAUAUAAUUCAUGCUCUGUAACUAAAAUUGUUCAUAGAAUUGACUAUUGACUUCUACUGCAAGAUGCUUGCUGUCUGAGUUAAGGUCUUAGCUUGUAGUUUUUCACUUCCUUUUCUGUUAAGUGUUCAUAACUACCUUAGCUGAAUGAGUUGUCAAAGAUUUGGGUUGUGAAUUCAUAUUUGAUGGUCCAUGCACUGAAUCAAUUGAUACAAGUGUUAAGUUUGUACCUAAAAUUCUGUUACUUUUGACAUUCCUGCAUCUUGAGUCACAGUUCUACCAAGAAACAAAUACUGGUUGAUAUGACUGCAAUGGUAAUAAUGAUGUUGCUGCCAAGACUCAAAAACCCGUGAUGUUGAAAUUCUGAAUUUUCUCUCCAAGUUCAAAACAACAAUUUUUUUUGGGUGUGUAACAAGUUCUGUUUUUAAAUUAGUAGAUUUUCAUACUGGUGAGUUUUCCUUUUCAUUUUUUACAUUUGACUAAUUUUUUUCUACUGUAGGAUCACUUUGUGGAAUGUCAAAAAAUGGCUAUAAAUCUGAAUAACAUUGGUUAAAUAUUGUCUUGCAGAUAUCCACUUACAUGAUCCUUGCUAUUCCAAGCAAUGCAUCUGAUAAAUUGUCUCUCAGGUCAAGAACUUAGAGAAGAAGCAUAUAAUUAGGCUCUCCAGGUGUGCUUACUUCUCGUUACCAUAUGCUAUUAUUCUCUUCUCAAAUUUGAGGUUUCACUCUUCAUCAAGAAUUAGUUCAAACUUGUCUAAAUGGACCUCAUGUACGACUACGUUACUCUAGCUGAUAUCAAUUUUCCGGACUCUGAAUUAGUGAUAGGAGAAUACUAAAAAGCAUGUCUUAGAACUGAAUAAAUUGCCUACGAGAUUAUGGUUUCCUUACUGCUAAAACUGCCUAAGAGAUUCUGGGGUCCUUACUAGGUAGUUUGCUUAUGAUUUUGCUCCCUCCAUUCCAAAAGUUUUGUUUCACUUAUUUUCCAAAAGUCGUUGUUUUAGAAGUGAAGACUAUUAUACUACCAUAUCCUUAUUUAAUAUUAUAUGCCUCACAUAUCAUCAUAUUUUCACCUAUCACAAUCUUCACUAAUUAUCUAACCAAUAACUAUCAUUCUUUUUAAAAAAUAAAAAAAAAGAAACUGCGCGCUCUCUUUUUUUUUUGGUACCCCCAACUUUGCAAGAAAAUCUACUGGCAUGUUCCCCUCACGAGACAAAUGCUCCAACAAAAUCUCCCACUGCAAUUGCAACAACCCUUUGUUGCAGCAAUGAUCGAUGCAAAAUGAUGCCAAGGGGGGAACCACAUCUCUGACUAGCUGGAUCACUAACAAGGAGUGCGAAGAAAUUGCCACUCACUGAUAUCCCUACUGCCAACAAAGGUGCAAGUCAUGGAAAGUUGCUAACAAUUCACCAUUGGAGCCCAAAAAACUAAGGAUCCAGCCACCACCACAGUCCCCGAGUAAACCCCUAAACCUAGCCUAGCCAGGAUUACCAAGGGAGCAUUUGUCCACAUUCAACACAACCCAACCCAACAGUGGUCUCGACCAAGCGAUCCACCAGGGUGAAGAAGACUGAGAAGCCUGGGAUAAGGUGUUGGGAAUGAAGGAUAGUCUGCUACUCACCUUAUGCAUCAUCGUACCGAUAGGAUGACCUUGCCCUUGGAACACCACCUUACAACGGUUCUUCCAAAGCUCCCACACCAUCAGCGCAAAAUGAUCUCGAGCUUGGGGCGGAACACGACCAUGGCCAGGGCCCAAUAAUCUGUUGAAACAUUGAACUCAGAAGACAACAAACCCACCUACUUCCAAAUCCGCCCCAAAGUUGGACAAUCCCGCAAGCAAUGUAACAGGGACCGACAACAAUCUGCACAAGCUACAAAUUGCCGAGCUAAAUAAACCCCGAUGAUGAAGCACAAGCAAUGGCACCAUGGCAAGCUUGCCGAAGGAAGAAACAGAAAAUCUCUGGAACCUGCAACUUCCAAAUCCAAUACCACACCCGGAUCAAGAAGGAGAGAAACCUGCCCACGCAACCAACCAUAACAACUCUUCACUAAAAAAUAUCCACACUGGCUAUGGCCCCAAGCAACAACAUCCUCCACAUCUAGGCCCGACACAAAAAAUAAAGAGGCAAGGUAGGAUCACACAUCAUCAGAGAAUAUAAAAAAAAGCAUAUAUAGUUAAUGUUACCACUCACCAACACAUCACACAACCUCAAAUCUACAUCAGAGAUGUGCUCGAAGUCCACCAACUUACGAAGCACACCAAGAUCACACCACCUCUUAUACCAAAAGGAAACAUGACCUCUACCAACACGAAAAACAAGUCUAGGACCAAUGAGAGCCCAAGUCUUAAAUAUCGAACGAGCAAAUAUUGAACCUGUCGACGAAGACGCAACCCCAAAAUCCGCAACCGAGGGAUACACCGCACGAGAUAACCUCACCUAAAGCUUCUUCUCGGAAUGAAGCAAAUUACAAACCUCUUUACUAAGGAGCGCAACAUUUCUCCUCCUAGAAGUUCUGACACCAUAUGAACUCCUCGCCUAUCAUUGUUGCUCCAAAGAAAACGUCGAGCAAUAUAGUCCAACAUGUUACACAUAGAUCUUGAAAACCACAGGAUCUGCAUAUCAUGAGUAGGAAUAGAAGACAAGACUGGAUUAAUCAAGGUUAUGUGCCCCGCUUUGCUAAGGUUCCAUGACGCAAGAUGCCUAGCCAGUAGCCACUUGAUCAACAAUGAAAUCAAAAUGUUUUCACUUUUAACGGCCACAAAUAACAGAUUACCCAAGGUACUUCUGAAAUUUGAAGAAAAUGGGAUUGCAGUGAUGGCUAGAAUACUAUAUAUCUUUGCUUGGGAGACUAAAGGAGAAACCAAAGCCCAAAAAUUGUCCAAGUUGACUCUCAAACCAGAAGCCCGACAAAAUAGAUUCAGCACACCAUGAACAACCCUAGCUUGAGAUACUUUGACUUUGGAGAACAACAACAAUCAUCGACGAAAAAAAGUUGUGAAAUCGCGGGCCCAUUCCAGGAGAUAGUCAUCGACUGCCACUUAUUCAUACUAACCUAAUGCAUGAUAACAUGCGCUAACCGCUCCAUACAAAGAACAAACAAGUAUGGGGAAAGUGGAUCACUUUGCCGCAAACCCCGCUUGGGAGACAAAGACGACAACCUAGCUCCAUUCCAAAGGAGGGAUAUGUGACGACAAAUAGUGCAUAAUAAGGUUAACCACACUAGAGGGAAAACCAAAUGAUACUAAAGUUUUCUUCAGAAUCUCCUAACACACCCUAUCAUAAGCUUUAUCAAGAUCAAGCUUAAGGAUCAAAUUAUUAUUCACUUUCCUCUUAUGCGUAAAAUGAUUUUGAUAUUAGUCAGAUUGACUGGUCAAUUGGUGGUGAGGAUUCUAUUCCAUUUCAGCCACAGGACAUGUUUGGAGGUGAUGGACAUGCGGUAAGUUAUUCUUGGAUGUUGGAUCAGAUAAAGUGAACCUUUCUCCUGCUAAGAGAAAGUCAGAUGAGGAUUGUGAAAGUGCUGCUAGCAGUACCAGCCCAAAGACCCCUGAAAAGUAUGAAGAUUGAGAAGGAUUGAACUUGUAGAGAAGACUCUUCUAGGCUUUAGAUUGAAAAAUCAUGUCUUUUUUAGUUUUUUAGUUUCUAUUUUUCAAUUUAUGUAAGCAAUUUUGUUUAUUUCAAUUUUUAAGUUAUCAUAUUCGGUCUUUUCCU